AUGAAGAGUUUGCCAAUACCUCUGAUCCGGAACCUCAUUCCGAGUGUAACUUUGAACAGAAUAAAUGGUACCCAUUUGUUGAAGCAUUUGGAAAAUGUGUGUGAGCAUAUAGCGCUGGUGGGGAGGUACACCAAGGGGAAGUCAACACGAAGGGGAUACAUCAGUGGGCAGGUCAGUAGGCAGAUCGGUAGGCACACCGGUAGGCACAGCAGUAGUCACGUAAGUAGUCACACCAGUAGGCAGUUAAAAAAGGUGGAGAGACACAAGGGGGAAGGCAACUCCACCAAGGGGACAAUAAGAAGGAGUAAAUUGUUCGACCAAGUGGAUGAGCAGUUUGACAAAGCUGUGGUUCUUCUGCCGGAGUUUGGUCCGAGUGGAAUCAUUCGAUUAUUGUAUGCCCUGCAAAAAAUAAAAUAUGGAAAAAAAAAGAGAAAAAAAAAUAACAUCCUUAAACGGAUAGAGUACUACCUACUGCGAGAUUCUGUCAAUGACAGGGUAUACAAUUUUUGGAGUCACCUAAAGAUAAAUGACACUAUCCUCCUCUUCAGGAUGUUUAUAAAAAACAACUAUUUUGAGCCAGCCCUUCUUUGCAAACUCAUGGGAGAGGUAGUGUAUAAUGAGGAUUUCUGCAUAUCAUCUGAUGUGGUUCUUUUCCUACGUUCCUAUCAUAUUUACAGAUGCAGAAUAAAGAGGAUUAAAAAAUGCAAGUGGAAAGAAAUUUCCCUCUCGGAUGACUGCCUAAGGAAGCUCCUCCACAUCAUUGUUCGCAACAAAUUUGAUCAUACACACAAGGAAAUGUGUACCUUUUUUUCCCUUUUUUCGAUAUAUGGGCGUAUUUUACCUUUCCCUGAGCGAUGGGAAAUUUAUAGCAAGUCGAUCGAAUAUGUAGAGAAGACCCAACUGGGUUACUCCCCAAGAGAUAUAAAAAAUUUCAUUCUAAGCCUUUUUAGGAUUAACUCCUUCCUGUUUGAUGGGGCAUGUGUACCUGGGAAUGAUGGUUCCCUGAUGGGGGUCCCUCAAAUGGGGAAAAAAUCCCAUGUGGAGAGUCUAUCCGUGGUGAACCCCACCCUGCGAAAGUUAUUUCACCUUUACAACAAGCACAAUACCGAUGUUCGGGUCGAAGACGAGUUGCGAAUCCUGGAGAGCGCUGUGAGGAGUCACUACUACCAUUAUGACAGCCUCGAGAGCAUUCUCUUCCACAUAAAGAAUAACAUUGCUCAGUUGGGCCUUUCAAAUGGAGUAAAAUUUGUUCGUUUGGUUAGGAAGCUUCGGAAUGCACACUCGUCCGAUGCGGUGGUGCAUACAGAUGCAUGCGCGUCAAACACGGACACAAAAUUUGUUCGCCAUAUGCUGGACCAUAUUUUAACCAACUGCGCCGAGGUAUUCAGGACC